CACAAAAAUCUUAAAUUACAAAUUCCCAAUAUAAAAAAAAGAUAUCAAUAGUGGCUCUAAUUUCUAUCGUACAGACCAGAAAAAGCAUUAGUAAAGACUCAGAACUCCUCAAAUCUUUUUUUAAAGCAUAGAAGUGGCUUCACCUCUUUCCCAUAGGUUAUAAAGGCCACAUCUUUCUCUUCUUUUACCUUCAGCUAACCAUCCAAUAAUAAUCUUUUUUUUUUCUGCACAAAAUCCUCUUUGCCCAGUUGAAAAGAGUUUACAGGUAUGAAAUGUCUUGUUACAGAACAAAUAUUUACUGGAUAUACUUAUUUCUUUCUUAUUUAGAAGAGAUUUCUGAGACUUGUUAAACUUAUAUGAAAUGUUAUUUCACGGAGUAGAUAUCUCUUGAAUUAAGUUUUAGUCAUAUUAGCACGUUUUGCUUUACCUAUGUUUUCCAGAUGGCGUUUUUGUUUAAGCGGAGCAACAUCGAUCCGUAUAGCCGACCCCAAAUUGUUUAGAAUAAAGACAUUAUUGAUGUUUGUAUUUGUUUCUUGGGAGGUUUGAGCACUGUGUUACAAGUUCAAAGGCUCAGAUAAUUCACCUUCUGUGAAUAUUGUGAACCUGGUUUGGAUCUUAAUGUCAUUCCGCUGUGCUUCCUUUCACUACAAAAUUGCUUGAAGCUUUGAAGCAUCUUGAAGGGAAGCCCGCUGCACGAAGCCAGCCUCCCUAAUGAAAUGCAAGUAUCAGUGGCUAAGUUCACGGUUCGAAGCCAGUCACACGAAGACAUCUUGAGUUGACUUGAAACUUUGAAGCAUCUUGAGUUGACUUGAAUUUACUUCUGGUUAAUCCAAGAAACACAAGAGAUCUAGUAGUCAGUUGGAGGAGAAAAUGAGGAAAACAGAACAUGUCAAAUCUUGACUAGCUUCCUACUAAUCAUGUUUAGUUUUAUUUACAUUUUAAUUUUUACCCCUGAAAACUAACCAUAUCCAAGAAGCUAAUCAUUUUAAGGAGGUUAUUGGGCAUGUUGGUUUCUUGGGCCUAUUGUGUCAUGAGUUUAAAUUCUACGAACUCACAGUACAAAAAAUAUUUAUACAAUCUGGUCAAUUAAAAGAUAAUUACUUGUAAAUCUCUAUGAUAAACAUUAACACCUAACCUGAUAAAAAUGGUAACUAAUAUGUUAUCAUAUGUUUAAAUUCAUUGAUAGUUUAAAAAAGUUUAUACUGUCAACGUAUAGGUCACGGGAUCGAGCCGUAGAAUCAGCCACUGAUGCUUGCAUUAGAGUAGGCUGCCUACAUCACAGCCCCUUGAGUGCGGUCCUUCCCGAACCCAGCAUAAACACGGGAUGCUUUGUCCACCGGGCUGCCCUUUUUUGUCGGCGUAUAAAACAUCAUUUGGCUUGAGGACUAACGCUUUCCAAUUACUACAGGCACAAAAAAAUGGAACCAGAAGAAAACAUAAAGCCACAUGCCAUAAUGAUACCAGCACCUCUUCAAGGUCACAUUGUACCAUUCACUCAUCUUGCAAUAAAUCUUGCAUCCAAAGGUCUCACCAUAACUUUUGUCAAUACACAAUCAACUCAUCAAAGGCUGAUGAAAGCUCAAUCAGUAUCUGGCAGCUCUCUCGAUUAUGAUAUUUUCACUGAGGCACGAAAAUCAGGCCUUGAUAUUCGAUACACAACGAUAUGUGAUGGUUUCCCACUGAAUUUCGAUCGAGCAAGGAACCACAAUCAGUUCAUGGAGGGAUUAUUACAUGUUUUCUCAGCACAUGUGGAUGAUCUCGUAGGAAAUCUUGUCGAUUCAAACCAUAAUCCUCCAGUUUCUUGCCUAAUAGCUGAUAGUUUCUAUGUUUGGCCAUCAGAGAUUGCCAAGAAGUAUAAUCUUGUUAACAUAUCAUUCUGGACUGAACCAGCUCUGGCAUUUACAAGUUACUAUCAUAUGGACCUCCUAAGAAGUAAUGGUCACUUUGGUUCUCAAGAUAAUCGUGAGGACAUGAUACAUUAUAUACCAGGCGUUCAGGCUAUUGAACCGAGAGAUCUUCCUUCAUACAUUCAAGAUCCCGAGCCAUGGAGCAUAAUGCACCGCUACAUAUUCAAGUCACUUGAAGAUGCAAAGAAAGCAGAUAUGAUCAUCUGCAACACAGUACAAGAACUAGAGUCUUCAACAAUCUCAGCUUUACAAGAGAAGAAGCCAUUUUAUGCCAUAGGACCAAUUUUCCCAAAUGGCUUCACCAAAAGUGUUGCACCAACAAACCUGUGGGUGGAAUCAGACUGCAUCGAGUGGCUAAACACCAAGCCAAAAGGUUCAGUUAUGUACAUAUCAUUUGGAAGUCUUGCAAAUAUUAGUAGACAAGAUGUUCUUGAAAUAGCUCAUGGACUUCUCCUUAGCAGUGUGAGCUUUAUUUGGGUGGUUCGUCCCGACAUCACAUGGUCUAAGGAAACUGAUCUUUUGCCAUCAGGAUUUGAGGACGACGUAAAAGACAGAGGAUUAGUUGUGCCAUGGUGUAGCCAAAUCGAUGUAAUUUCACAUCCAGCUAUAAGAGGAUUCUUGACGCAUUGUGGGUGGAAUUCAGUAUUGGAGAGUAUUUGGUGCAAAGUUCCAAUGUUAUGUUUUCCGAUAUUCACCGAUCAAUUUACUAACAGGAAACUGGUGGUUAGUGAGUGGAAGGUUGGUUUUGAUCUUUGCAGUGGCAGAAUCCUCAGAAGACAAGAAAUUGCACAGAAAAUAAACUGUUUCACUUCUGAAGCCAAUGAAUUAAGGAUCAACUUAGAGGAAACAAGGAAGCAGCUCGAAGAUGCGUUAUCCGAAAAUGGAUCUUCAGGAAGAAAUUACAAACAAUUAGUCUGUGACCUCAAGUCCAAAAUUCUUCAGAAAAGCAAGAUUAACAACACAAGCUUACUUUAGUAUGGGAUGAUACAGCAUAAUUUAGGAUCUCAAAUGUCAUUACACACCUAUUCUAUUAAUGGGAUUUAAGCUUCAUUCACUUAUGGUUAAAAAGAAAUUUAAACAUCUUGGUGUAAA